AAAUUUUAACCCUAACCCUUAACCUAGUGGAGAGCAGCUCACUCUCAUCACUCUCAACCUCAGAAGCUCCUUCUUCCUCUGAGCUUUGUCGAGUGUGCAUCUCCCGACGCCUGUGCAGUAUUCUGAUGCCGCUGGUGGAGGGGCUCCGGAUAGAGGCCGGCACUUCGCGGCCAAGCGUUGCAGCGGCGGUAAGAGAUUCCAACCCCGACCAACGUCUGCAAUUUCAACCAAACUCAUUCUCCGACGUCGAUUUACACAAAAUCGAAGCCAAGCACGGGCAGUUCAAAGGUUUCCCGACUGUCAACUUCUCCGAUUCGGAUACUCGGGUGGGACACCAAGUUGUCCUGGUCGAUCGUCUUAACAAAGGAGCAUUUUGAUGGGGAGGUUGUGGGGAAACAGUUGCAAUCGAACACUACACGCUCGGAACCGGGUUUAGCUCGGCCAAAAUGUCAGAAGAUGAAAUGGACACACUGAGGCGUCUGGAGGAGGAGAACCACAAGUCCAUGGAGUUUGUGAAAGGAUGAGAUGGAGGUUCAGAGACAUUGCGACAAUGAUGAAGCAGGGGCAAUGGGAUCAUAUUUGAAGGAUUCUAAGAAAACUGAAAUGUACAAGAAGCACAAGGAGAAUCCAGGGGUGUACACAAUCGAGAAGCUAGCCAAAAAAUACAGGAUCAUGAGCCAGAGGGUGCACACAAUUCUGUAUUUGAAAGGGCUUGAGGAGGAGGAGGAGAAGAAGUUGGGACACCCUAUUCAUAGCACUCUUGAAACCUUUAUUGAUAAUAACCCGGAGGGACACAAGCUGAUAUCUCAUUCGUGUUCAAUUCAAUUUUGAAUAUGUGCUCAUAGCUGUGCUGGUGAGGUCUCCUUGGCCUCCGCUUUAGGCGCCUCUACCAUUGGCUUGCAAGGAAAUAUCAGUUGCAACAAGGGAUAAUUUCAAAUUCCUGUUGUCAUCCGGCUAUAACUGAAUACUAUUUUGUGGAAAAAGUUAUAGGUUUGGAUGACUUGCUAAAGGACUACUACAGGGAGAACGUCACCAUUGAUGAGAAGGUUUAGAAACGUGCAAAGGUCCAAAAAGUCUAUGAUUCUAAUUUUGAUAAUGACGUUAAUGCCAGAGAAGGUAAGUUUCAUUACUGUGUUAACGAACUCCAAGAAAAGGCAAAAACCUUUCCUUCAAACAUGUGUUUUUAUGUUUCAUAUAUGGAGUAACUUCUUUUACACUUCUAUACUUAUUUUCUCCCUCCCUGCCUUAUAGAUGAAUCAAAUAAAGGCUGAUGAUGAGAUGCCUAUGAGGGGUUUUCAAGUAUUUGAUUCUCAGGUAACUCAUGGGCAGGAUAUUGACACUGAUAACGUGAAUCAUUUUAUUAUAAUGCAUUUAAAUGUAACACUUGAUUAGUAUAACUAUAUAUGUGUGUGUGUGUCUUCCAUAUUAUUUCCAGAAAACUUUCCCAGAACUGGAUUUCCCUGACCUAAGGUAGUGUAGCUAUUUGCAUUCUUUCUUGAAUAGUGAGCUUAAUUCGAUUGUUGAACUCAAAAUGGAGGAAGGUCUGAGUUUGUGAUUUUAUUUUAUUUAGAACAAGUCCCCUUUUUUCCUCCCCGUAAACAAUAAGAGUACAUACACUGAAAAUGGCACUUGUUCAUAUAUGAUGUCUGACGACAAAUGUUUCUUGAAGGCUUGCUUCUACAUGCGUGGCUUUUGAAGCUGAUCAAAUCUCAGGGCUGCCUUGAAGAAACCAUGGGGAAAAGGGAGCACGUGUUGUUGAUUACUUCCAUAAGAAUGCCUUUGUCGGGGCUUGUCACUUAAAGAUUGUUUUAUGUCCUAUAGACCAUGUUUUAUCUCAAUUCUAGCUAUAAUUGUAA